AUGAGUGGAAUAUUUAGUUUCUUUUCAAAUAGAAAGAAAAAAGAAGAGGAUGAAGUAAAUGCAAAUUCAAAUACACAAAGCAAUAAUACAUUGAAUGCAUCUUCAUCCUCUGUCUCUUCUGGUGGUUCAUCAUCUCCAUCGGGAUCAUUUGCUGCAAUCUCUGCAAUAGAUAAUCAACCUCCUCUAAAUGAGAUUCAAAUACUAUCGGCUCAUUCAGAGGCUGUAAAGACUUUAUUAAAGAUUGAUGACGAUAGAUUGGCAUCAGCAGGUGAUGAUUGUUUCAUAUAUAUUUGGUCAAUUGAAACAGGACAGGUGAUACGACAACUUAGAGGACACAGUAAUAGAGUUACAUGUCUAUUGUAUUAUAAUAAUGAUAUAUUGGUAUCAGGUUCAAUGGAUAGAACUAUUAGAAUGUGGGAUUUAUCAACAAAUAAUGUAAUGAUUGAUCCAGUUACAAAAAUGACCUAUAUAGAACCAUUUAAAUUGAUUCCAAAGACACAUAAUGAAUCUGUAAAGUUUCUUGAAAAAAUACCAAAUGGAUUCUGUUCAGCUUCAAAUGACGAUGUUUUAUUAUUAUGGAAAGAGAAUGGUGAUUUUGAAAGAUCAAUAACAAGAAUUCAAAAUGAUUAUAUAAAUGGUAUAUUAUGUGUAAAUAAUAAUUAUAUUUUAACUGCUGGAUCGACAAUUCCAUAUUUGGUAGCAUACAAAUUGGAUGAAGUCAAUGUUCCAGCUAAAACGCUGAGUGGACCGGUUGGAUGUGUCAAUUGUUUGAUGAACAUCUCUGACAAGUAUUUUGUCACUGGGAGUCGACCAAGCGAGGAGGCCCCACAGACACCUGGUGGCAAUUCAUCGACAGUAUCUCCUCCAGUCCAACCUCCACAACCACCAACCACACCGGCUGCCGCUGCAGCCAAUUCAAAAACUUCACCUAAAAAGAAAACAGACCCUGAUAAAACAAUCAUCAUUUGGAAUGCUUCUGAUUUUUCGAUUGCUGCAUCGGUCUCUACGGAACGUCCCAUCAGCUAUCUCUACAAAAUAACAGAAAACUUUUUAUUGGCCACCAUCUAUAAAGGUUUUGGUAUUUACGAUUUAAAUGGAACAUUGGUUUUAGAGUAUCUUCCAGAGGAUCCAGAUUCUACAACUGAAAUUAAUGGUGCAAUUUCUUUAUAUGACAAUACAAGAUUAAUAUCAUGGGCAGAUGUAAGAUUAUCAGUUUGGUGUUGGAAUUUAAAGGAUAUUGAAUUAUCAUUACAACAACAAAACAAAAAGAGAACAGUUGUAAAACCGAUAAUGAUUGGAGAGAUGAGAGGACAUACUGAUUAUAUGAACUGUCUAACUGUAUUGGACGAUCAUUCAAUUGCGACUGGAAGUUCAGACAAACAAAUUAUCCUUUGGAAGGAUGGUAAAUAUCAAUCUUCGAUUAGAAAUCAUUUGGCUGGUGUCUCACUAUUUGAAUUAUAUAAUCCUUCACCUUUGUUGUCUCAUUCAACCACUGAAGAAUAUAUCUAUACCGAUGAUGAUAGAUUCGAUAUUUAA